UCCCGUGCAAAACUCAGUCUUUCAGUCGUUCAUCGAACCGUUUUCCCUGAAAGAAACAAUUCCCUAAAAGAAUCGACUGCAACGCGUCGCGUGUUCCAUCGCCGUCGUUGUCGUCGCCGUUGCCGUGCCGUUUCCGUGCAGUUGCCGUGCCGUUGCCGUGCAGUUGCCGUGCCGUCCUGUGUUUGGUAAAAUGUUUUCUAUCAACUGCAGUGCAUGUCGGCGAAAGAAUGUCGGACUCGUAUCCGCUGCAUGAAUGCGUGUUUAACGGUGAUACGCGUAAACUUUCGUCACUGCUCAGGACGCACGAAAUUGCCGAAAAAGAUAAACAUGGCAACACACCACUUCACUUGGCGGUUAUGCUGGGAAGAAAAGAAUGUACCUUUCUUUUGCUUGCACACGGCGCACCGGUUAAAGUAAAAAACUCACAAGGAUGGUCCCCGCUAGCGGAGGCGAUCUCCUACGGAGAUCGACAGAUAAUCAGCUCAUUGCUGCGCAAACUGAAGGAACAGGCGCGCGAACAGAUGGAACAGAGGCGCCCGAACCUGGUGAAAGCACUGAACCAGAUGGGUGACUUCUACAUGGAGCUAAAGUGGGACUUUCACUCGUGGGUACCGCUGAUCUCCCGCAUCCUACCCUCGGAUGUGUGUAAAAUCCACAAAUCUGGUUGCUCGAUCCGGCUCGAUACGACGCUGGUCGACUUUUCCGACAUGCGAUGGGAGCGUGGCGACAUUUCAUUCAUCUUUAAGGGUGAAAACUCUCCGAAGGACUCGCUGACGGCGCUCGACAACGAGUGCCGUUGCUACCAGCACGUACGCCACGAGGAGACGGAGCUGGAGAUCGAGGACGAGGUGGACAUUCUGAUGUCCAGCGACAUCCUGGCGGCGCAAAUGUCCACGAAGGGUAUUAGUUUUACGAAAGCACAAUCCGGCUGGAUCUUCCGCGAGGACCGGAGGGAAACGGUGGCCGGACAGUACGACAGUGAUCUCUACACAAUAAACGGACUGACACUGGAGCAGCGCAAACGACGCGAACACCUAUCCCGGGACGAUUUGCAGAAGAACAAGGCACUGAUGGAGUCGUUGACGAAGGGUGGACAGGCCGGGCAACCGGGUACGAUCGAUCAGAAUGGGGAAAUUUUCCGGAGGGCCUCAUUGCAGCCACCACCAACAAGUGGCGUCCGCUGGGAAGACUACAUUGCAGCCGAGCCAGGGCAGUACCCGAACCUAGGCCGGGAACUAGUUUAUAAGGAGUCGAGUAAGAAUUUUAAAGCAACAGUAGCUAUGAGCAAAGACUUUCCCCUUAGCGUGGACAUGCUGCUAAACGUGCUGGAGGUGAUAGCGCCGUUCAAGCACUUCAGUAAACUGCGCGAGUUCGUCACGCUGAAGCUGCCGAGUGGCUUUCCGGUGAAGAUCGACAUCCCCAUUCUGCCGACCGUGUCGGCCAAGAUAACCUUCCAGAAGUUCGAGUUCCGGGAUGACAUUUCGCCCGAUCUAUUCGUCAUCCCAGAUGACUACAAGGAGGACACGAUGAGGUUUCUCAUCUAUUUUAUAGAUUUCCUGAUUUAUGACCUUUCGAUUUCGACCGAGUAAAUUCAUGCGGCACAUCGUUACCGCCCAGUACAGCCCAACAACUGGCACCCGCCAUCGAACCUCGGGAAGGCGGAAAUAUCCUCAUCGUUCCCGUCUACGGUGGAGCCGUCUUUUGUGGGCCCAAGGGGAAAUUACCGUGUUCUCCACACUUCGUCGUACCUUUGUCAUCCAGGAUCUAGAGUGAAGUAAUUUGUGGCAAAACCUCAUUUACGCCCGAACGCACUUGCCCAUACGGUGGCAUGCGAUCGAUGUGAUUUUGGAUUAGCUGUUUUAAUGCCGGGAGGGUCGGCCGAAUGCGAAUAGAAAACUAUGUCAAGGACGUGUUCUGGAUACACUCAAGUAUUUCAACGUUGUGGUUGUACGGGCCCUGCUCCUCUACUCCGAGUGGGGUCGCCUAUAUUUUGUAGUUCUAAAAAAAUGGGCUUAGGGCUCUGUUGUAUUCAAGACCUGUAUAGGCUAGUAGUUUAUUAUUUGUGUGUUGAAAGAUGGAGGAAAGAAUUGACGACAGGAGUUUACGUUUUGCAGCCGAGCCCACAUGUAUUGUGUUUCCUCUUAUCCUCCUUCUUUCGACCGGAAAUAGACUACGAGUCCAUCCGCAGUCUAUCUACAAACAUACAGGAUAGGGCGAAUUUUUGUCUAAAUUAUUCCUACACGAAUGAAUUAAAAAUCACCAGCUAACCAUAAAGAAACCAACAAAACAAAAACAAAGACAUAAGCAAUGAACACUACUCUUAAAGAACACAGGAUAAUCGUAAGAGAAAUCUUAAUUUAAUUGUGAAGAUUAUUGAUUGCAAUCGUAAGAUAUCAUUUUUUUAUAUAAGCAGGGGCGACGGAGAGCAUAAAGUCUUGGAAAAGCAUCGCAGAAAUUUGGACGUUUGGUAUACAAAACAUGUAAUGAAAAAAUAUUGAAAUCCCAAAAGUGAAUAUUGAAUUGAAUUAUUACUGGAAACUCGAAGCACACAAACAAAACAAAAAGGAUGAAAAAUGAGAAGACAAAUUUUACCCAAGAAAAAUAACAAAAUUUAAAGGAAAAACCCUUUGUUCGGCGUCUAGUAAAAAAACGUAAAAUGUAUGUCCACGCAAGUAGAAGCUUGCGUGUAGAUAAUUGUUUUUACAGGGAACCCCCAAAAUCAUCCAACAAAUCCCAUCCAGUUGUCUAUUAUUACACUGUUUUCGCAGUGCCUGCGAAAGGUUUCGGAAUGGCGCGACUUUUUCCCACGGUGGCAGAAAAUAUCCUUCUCAUUGCCUCACCGCCACCGUGUGCACGAAGUUCAUGUACCGCACGGAUGUGACAGGCCUGUAUCCUUGUAGGACUAACUCUUCUGUGUGUGUAUGUGCAUCUGUGUUAAAAAGCUGACGGAUAGAUGAUAAACUAGAAAAAAGCCCUUCGGAGGAAGGCGUUUGUAGAGGGGAGAACGGUGUAAAAAUGCAUCAGCAAAUGAAACAGGAGUGAAACAUCUGCAGCAGAAGGAACCCUACCAACAGAAUUGUAUAUCAGUCAACCAAAAUCGGCAAUUUGUAAGAUGUUUCUUAUGUGAAGAAGUGGAAGAACCUAGCAAAGACGCAGUUAGGGAAAUAAGAUAAAUCUAC